AUGGCUUUUUACCGCUGUGGGCCAACUGCGAUCGGGAGCCGCACCUCGUGGUCGGUGACGUCCCCCAUGGAGUCGAAGGCUUUCGAGCGCCCCAUUAGUGGCAACUUUGACAGGAUCUUUAACGCUUUCGAACGCACUAACGCUUUCGAGUACGUGAGAAGCACGUUCGAGGGCAAGCAGGAGGAGAGGCACGUGGGCCACGGGGACAUAGUGGUCAACAGGAAGAUGUCCAGUAGCUUCGAGAGGGCGGACUGCGCCUUGGCCGCACAGACGCCGUGCUCCGACGACGAAGACUUCUAUAGGGAGAAAAUUCUGUACUCGCAGGCGAGGCAGCUGUUCCCGUUGCAGGAAGAUCUGGCGGACUGGAUCAAUAAAACUAUCGGUAUAACGUACCUGACCGGCGAGAAUUUCUUUGAUGUGCUGGACAACGGUGCGGAGCUGUGCCAGCUCGCUGUGGUCAUCCACGAGCGCGCGCGGGAGGCACUCGACCAGGGGCUCAUUGUUGGGCCAGUACCAGCGAUCCGCGGGCGCUGCUGGCAGCGCGCGGCGCGUCGCAGCUUCUUCUCGCGCGACAACGCGGAGAACUUCAUCACCUUCUGUCGCGACCUCGGCGUGCACGAGAACCUGCUCUUUGAAAGCGAUGACCUUGUAUUGCAUAACCAACCACGCCAGGUGAUCCUCUGCCUGCUGGAGGUGGCGCGGCUGGCUACCAAAUUCAACGUGGAGCCGCCAGGGCUGGUGCAGCUGGAAAAGGAGAUCGCGAUGGAGGAGCGUGACUCGGGGCUGGACUCUGCCAUGUCAGGUGCCGCCUGGCAGUUCCGCGACCACUCGCCAUCGCCCAUCAGAGAGAAAUCAAGAAAAGAGGCGUCGGAUUUAGCUUCUUCGCCGCAACCUAAUGAUAAUCAGCUGUCGGUGCCUGAUAAUGUGGACGCCGAGAGCACCAAGUCGGGAGAUACGGAGAACAGCAGCGACACCGACGUGCCGCUCAGACCCACCAACGAACUGGAUAAACGAGUUCAACUGGUGACGCGGCUAAUGGAACGCGGCUGCAACUGCGGUUCGGGCAAGUGCUCGAAGUUGCUGAAGGUGAAGAAAGUCGGCGAAGGACGGUACAAUAUCGCUGGACGAAAUGUCUUCAUUAGGCUGCUGAAGGGCCGGCAUAUGAUGGUGCGCGUUGGCGGCGGCUGGGACACGCUGGAGCACUUCCUGUCGCGCCACGAGCCCUGCCAGGUGCGGCUCGUGACGCAGGGCCGGCGCGACGUGCUGCCCCUGCCGCCCUCGCCCCCCGUCCCCGAGCCCUCGCCGGGCACCGCGUCCCCCGUCGACAGCAAGGCCUCCUCCGUCAGCGGCAAAACGUCCCCCGUGGACCCCAAGCUCGGCCGCCCGCGCUCCUCGAGCAAGCCGAGCAGCGGCAAAACCUCCCCGCUCGAGCCGCGCCGCACCUCCACCCCCAACAAACCAGCGCCAGUUAGGAAUAGAUCCGCUCUCACCCUCCCGCUCAAGGACGCGGCGGCCGAGAAGUCCCCCGCACCUCGCGCUAGAAAGCAGUCCGCACCCUCCAGCUUCAGCACGCCCGGCACGCCCACCGGCAGGUCGGUCCGCACGCCGCCCGUAGAGCUGCGCAAGUCGCUCACUUCGAACGCCUUAGUUAACACGCCCAAGAAGUCGAGAAGUAUGAGUCUCGCGAACGCUCAUAGAGACGAUAGAAAAUCUUUCUGCGGGACCGACAAGCUGAACCAGGCCAAGAGGAAUGGGAGCGCGAGUGGCGCGAGCACUCCGACCGAGCCGCUCGGAACGCGGAAGACCCGGAGCCAGAGCCUCGCCUCCACUCCCGUCAACGAGCCUAAGAAAACUCUAACGAACGGUUACACGAAGAAGACGCGAAGCAUGAGUCUCGCAGGGCCGGUCGACUUCUCGAAGCCGCUGAACAAGAGCUCCUCCGUCUCGACCAACGGCUCGUUGACGCAGGCCGCUAUCGAGGAGAGCAUCCGAAUCUCUCUGGAAGCGAGCAUAGCGGAUAACACUUCUCCCAAAAAACCCUUUUUACACAUAAAAGCCAAAUACCGUAGUCCCCCGCCCCGAGAGAUUCCGCCCAGAUAAUUGUACCACGGUUCGAUUCCUCAUUCCAUUAGUUUUUAAACUUGACGAUAAUUGUAGUUACUGCGAUAGAGUUAUGUAAGUUACGAGAACGUCGGCGCGGACUUUCCGCUGUGAAAUUUUUGAAUCCCGUGAUCAAAGUUCAAUUAGACAUUAGUUUUCUGGUAAGAUAGUCGGUAAGCGUUAUUUAGAUCUCCUAAGCAAUCUCAUAUUUAUCACCUAGUAGUGGGUAGACGCAAUUAUCAUUACUUUCUAUAAUAAUUCAUCAUUACUCCAGCUACCGGGAGACUAGUCAUAAUGAUUUUUAUAAAUAACUAUAAUCAUAAAUAUUAAAAUGUACUUUUAUUAUCACUUUCCAAUUGCAAUAAUUAUUUGAUUAAUUUAUAAUUUAAUAACAAUUUCGAGUAAUAAUUAGGAGUCUUUAAUAAAUGUAGUUUUGUGUAAAUUAUUUAAUAUUUAUAAUGUUUGCAUGUUGGUAUUAAUUAUUGUACGUAUUUUAUGUUUUGGAGGCACGUUAUUAAUUUGACUCUUCAUCAUUUGGAGAAUUCGCAUAUUAAUAUAACCAUGCAUAUACUAUUUUCAAACACACUUGUAUCGCUUUCGUGUUAUUCAUUGUAUUCUAAUUAUAUUACCAUUUCGGGUAAGUAUCGUAAGUUGUAACGAAACGCGUCCGCACGCACCGAGAGACCUCAGGGGUACAAACUAAGAAAUGUUAAAUGUCCACACAUCAUCUAUUUUCGUACAAUGUAAUGAUAUACAAUAUUUUUGCACUUAGAUAGACUAGCACUAGCUAGAUGCUGAUGUUAUUGAAACUUUACGUAAGAAUCUCACUCAAGCCAAAUAAAUGUUAAUCACGAAUUUUCGCUAUGAUCAGAACAAUAAAUUACCACUUUUCACUUUCACUGUCUUGUAAAGUAAAAUAAAAAUUAAUUAUCAAAAUGAAAUAAAUAUCUUUUAUAUAAAAAGAAAAAGAAGAGCUUAGCUAAAGUUAGCUGAAUGGUGAUAAUUUAAAACAUAUUAUGACUGCCGAUCUACCAAUUUACAAUAUUGUGCCAACAGUUUUAACAUUGUAUAUGGUUGAAAUAAACUUUUUGAUAUUCAUUGCC